UGAACCUCAACUAUACCGCUUUUUUCCGGCAUGCGAGCCUGAAAGAAAAAACCUUUUGCAUUUAAGAAUAAAGAAGAUUACCAACUGUAGUUUACCAGGAAUUCAGCCUUCCAUAGUCAUCGAGUCAUCCAAAACGUGAACAAGUCAAAGAGAAAGAUUCCUGAGGGAGCUUUGAUUAAUCCUAGCACAAUCAAACCAGCACAAUACUCGAAAUGCGAUCAUCCCCGCUCGAAAAAUGACAAAACACAACAAACUAGCUUCUGAUAAUGAUGAGAUCCGUGUCGUUAAGCUUAGAAGCACUGUCGAUAACAGAAUUAAUCUGGAAUACUUGACUGUAUUAGUUGCAACGUUCUUUAAUGGUGGGAGAGUAACAGUAGUUUACGACUGGAAGUGCCCAAACCACAAUCAUCUUAAACUUUCAGGCAUAUCUCGUUUUCGCCUCUCUGAAGAAGCUCGUAUCUGGACUAAUAAAUACACCGAGAAUUUUUUUGACUGGAAAGCCAUCAAGGGAGCUCUUAGGCCAGAAGAGAUGGGGAAUUCUACAUCAGUGACAUCCAUUCCUACUACGAUGGUGAUCCAAUAUAAAGAUGUUCACAAUGCAACUGUGACUAGAAUCAACAACAGUGCUAGAAAACACUAUAAAGAUGAGACCAAAAAUGCAGAGGAGUGGUAUCUUGACUCAACCCACAAAACCUGCAUGUCUUUCCUUGACAACAAGGAAUGUUAUCUGAUGUCUGUGGUUGUAUACAACCCUGUAACUAACAAGGGAGUUCCAGUUGCUUUCUCUGUCACCAGCAUCGAAUUUAGCUCUAUCAUUCCCAAUAGAGCAGAAAUCUAUCCGGGAUUCAUUUGGACCUUUAGUUCAAAUUCUUCUGUGACAUUGGCAUAUCAAGCGUGCUUGGGAAAGUCAUGUCAAGAAGUGCAUAGUAAUAAUGAAGCCAACUACAAUGCUCAUUGGCAAAAGUUCAGAUUAGACUAUGGCAUGCAGUUUCCUGUCUUAAUGUCUUAUAUGGAGGUUAUAUGGGAACCAAAGAAAAAAAGUUGGGUUAAGGCAUGGAGACAGGAUGCUGUAUGCCAUACAAACAAUUUGAUAGAGUCUUAUCAUAACCAGCUAAAGUCCUUUUAUUUUGGCCGGUCUCGUAACUGUAGAAUUGACAAGAUUAUAUAUGUACUUUCUCAGUUAGCUGAGAGAGAUUACCGUCAGAAUACUCUUGAGAUCUAUUUUGAUAUUAAGAGUAUUAGGCUUAGUGUUGCCAACACAGAAAGAAAGAAAAAGGCAGAUGUUAUUGCCAUUGAAAGAGCAAAUGGUCUGGUCGGAGAAUUUGAACCACAAGAAUUGCAAGCAUACAAGAUGUAUUCUUGCAAAUCUUUUGGAGAGGAUAGUGAACUGGUACACUUUAUCAAGUUCACAACCCACUUACACAACUGCUCUUGCCCAGACUCUGCUCGAUUAUGCAAGCAUAUCUUCUUGGUCUCUCGAGUUCUUGACCUACCGGUGACAGUAAGACGAAAUGUCAUACUAGAUUCAGCUGCCUUGUUGGACCUGAUAAAGAAGACCCACGUUGGAUCACUCAUCACUUCCAACGCAUAUUUUAUGGUGUCCUCUUUAUCCCCAAUCGAGUAA